CUUUGAUACUAACAUCUGCAAUGAUGUGGGCUGUGGACUGGAGUCGGACCGCUGCAACUGUGCUCUGCCUUUUGGGAUACCUUACCUUCAGAGCUGCAGCCAAAACCUCAGCGGAGGGCACAGCGUCGCAAGAAGUGACUCUGAAGGUUCAUCUGAGUGACGCCAGCACUCAGCAGCCCUUGCUCGGAGCAACCAUACAGCUCUUCGCCAAUCACACUUCUGUAGCCACAGAAACCUCGUCAGCUGAUGGCAACACGUAUUUGCGCUUCCCUUACCGCCUUGGGACGCCGCUCGUUGUCACCGCAACCAGACAGGGAUACGUGCCAAACUCUGUUCCCUGGACUCCCUCCAAAUUGCCGGUGUUCUCCUCCAUCAGUCUGGAUCUGCUUCCAGAAAGAGCCGCUACCCUGAUGGUGUAUGAAGAUGUUGUGGAGAUUAAGUCAAGUCUUCAAGGAUUAAGAGGCCAGCCCAGCAUCCAUUUCCUGCGCAGAGCUCUCAGUCUUCCUGCCGACACGUCCUUCGCCAACCUGACUGCUCUGCUUACUGUGGCAAGCUCGCCGUCACGCAUCCAACACUUUCCCCACCUGCAGGUUCUGGGCAGCAACAGCACAGGCACAGAGAAGAAGUUUGAGCUGACUCCAGUAGCAGCCAUCUCUGUACACCUAUUGGCCAGCGAUGGAGCGGAGCUGCAGGUGAACGGACCAAUCACGUUCUCCGUUCCUCUGCCGGCAGACAGCAACUUGAGGGAAAAUGAUCACAUCCCUGCUUGGAGAUUUGACCCUCGUUUAGGUGCCUGGAUCAAGAGCAGUUCGGGUCAGGUACAGAAGGUGGGGAACCAGCUUACUCUGACCUACCUCGCUCCCCAGCUCGGGUAUUGGGUGGCAGCCAUGUCUCCUCUGAACUCGGGUCCAAUAGUGGCAAGGGACAUCAGCGCUUACCAUACCAUGUUCCUGUUGGCCAUACUGGGAGGCAUGGCUUUUAUUCUGCUGUCCCUGCUGGGCCUGCUCUUAUACUACUGCCGACGCCGCUGUUUGAAGCCUCGCGGGUCUCAUCGCAAGUUCACUCUGUCAGCUGGUCUUGACAGCACGAAGAAGGAUCAAGCAACCUCCAUGUCCCACAUGAACCUCAUCAGCAAUGAGGUGCAGCUGGAGCUCGUUUCCACAGCAACCGAGCCUGACAUGACCACGCCAAUGUUGAAGCCUUCUUCGUACGAGCCCCAAGACACUCGGCGUCAGCAGAGUCUGAUCCACCUCAGCAAACACAGCCGCUGCUCUCUCGGCAACAACAGCCACCACGGCUCGUCCCUCGGCAACCUGACGCCUCGCAGCAGGGACUACCGGCAGUCUGCAGAGACUUUCCAGCUGAAGGCGGCCCUGUCUUGCGGGACAGAGAGGGGCUACCGUCAGUCGUACACCUCCGUCUGCUCGUCCAGCAACCAGAUUUCAGAUGCGCUCUCGUCGUCCAAUCACGGCCAGGUGUCUGCUACCCAGCUGACCAGCGUUGGCAUUAUUGACUGCAUCUCUCCGUCUUCUCCACCUCACUCCCCCUGCAGGGGGGAAGGAGGGGAGUGCAGGGCGCCCGACCACCUCCUGUCCCGUUCUGUAGACCACCUGGAGCGCCCCAACCCUCAGUUGCUCUCCCGACCGGGCCAGCUGCUCUGCUGCGGCUCGGUGGACCUACUGAGUGCGGGAGAGAGCUACUCCAGAGUGCGCCCCACACUGGUGAUCCCCGCACAUUACAUGCGCCUCCCAGGUGAACACCCGCUGUCUGGUCAGGCCCUCCUGCUGCAGACCGACCAGCAAAGUGACUUGGAGACCAUCCAGGCUGAGCUCAACGCCUCUCAUUCCCAGCAGCCCCUGGGGCCCAGCCCGUCCGACAGCACCCCAGAUCCCAACAAGCAGGGCGAGGCGGAGGCUCUCGGCCUGUCGGAGUCUCUGUCUAUCCCUACUGCUCUUGGGGAAACGGCUCUUGUUGAAAUAAACAAAGAGGAUACCUUGUUGGCUGAAAAGACUCUAAUGGAGCUGAGAGGAGGAAAACCUCUGCCUCACCCCCGGGCUUGGUUUGUGUCUCUGGACGGACGCUCCAACGCUCACAUCCGCCACUCGUACAUUGACCUCCAGCGGGCGGGCUGUCAAAACAGUUCACAGAGCUCAGGAGAUCAGCAAGAUUAUGACAGCGGUGGUAGGCACGGCAACGACGCCAGUCUGGACUCUGGGGUGGACCUGAAUGAGCCCAGAGCGGGGCGCAGGGGGGGAGACGCAGAGCGGGAAGAGAAGGCUUCCGAGAGAAAGACUGCCACAGCUUACACCCGGCUGGUGUACGUGGAUGAUCUGGAGGGGGGAGGCGGCGUUGAGGAGAAAAGCAGCCCAGAGGCUGACGGCGGGAAAAUCCUGUCAGACAAAGCUGAGCGUAAGGGAGAGAAACAGUUAUCAGGGCUUGUGGAGGGGAAAACAGCCGAGGAUGUCCAAAUACUAGAGGAACCACCCUCGGUUUCCCCGGCGUCUCCUGCGUCUCCUACUCCUCUGCCCACGCCGGAGGAAAUGACUUUCAGGACUGAUCACGUGCUGCUGUCUGUCUCCCCAGAUGAUGAUGCAGCACAUGAGGAUGGAGAGGAGAAGAAAAGCCCCUGGCAGAGAAGGGAGGAGCGCCCCCUGCUGGCCUUCAACCUUAAAUGAGUCGCAGAGGCUGGUUAAAGGAGAGGUUUACAUUUUUUUAGUCGGUCCUCAUUAUAUAAUCACAAGCCAUAAUUUACUAAAAUCAUUUCUGGAAGUUUCUCUGUGUCCAAAUCUUUAUGCAAAGUGACGUCAGUGUAACAACCCAGCUUUAAAAUUCACUUUGCAGGUGCAUCUCAAUAAAUUAGAAUAUCGUUUAAUACUUGUAGAGAUUCAUUAUUCACACAGUUUUAUAUUUAAAGUGUUUAUUUCUACUAAUUUUGAUGAUUAUAGGAACAAUUUAGCUGCCCCCAAUAUAUUAUGAGCCAUACUAUUACAUUUUAUUAUUAAACAUUACUUUUUACUGGUCUGAGAAGCUGAAUUUGUGGUUUUUGUUUACUGUAAGCCAUUAUCAAUCAAAUUCUCAAACAAAUACUUGAAAUAUGUCACUCAGUUUAGUGACUUAAUGAUAUUCUAGUUUAUUAAUCUGUGUUUAAUGUUCAGAAGCACAUCAAAGGGAGGGUUUCACACUAAAAACAUGAUGGAUUUUGAAGAUGAACUUGUGAUUUCUUUGAAUUUUACACUACGAUGGUUUUACACAGAGAAUCUAUAUGCAAUCACCCAGAAGAGGAUAAAAAAUGCAAGAAAACAAAGAUGAAACUGUUUUAUCAACACACAAAAAUGUAAACCUCCCCACUGCCAGUGCUCCUCGACUGCUUCAACACCAUGAAGGAUAAAUGCUUUUAAAUUCAAAGCUUUUGCUCUUAUGAAAGCACUGAAAACACAUUUCCGCACUGGGAUCUCUUCUAAGUCCAGAACUGAACAAUUCAGGUCCCUCCAGGAACAUCCACCAGACGACCACUGAGCGGCUGACAAACAGGCUUUGGAGCCAAGAUAUUGGGAGAUUUUAUGCACAACAAAUAUAUGCCUUUUUUUAUAUAUAUGGAGCCUUGUAGGUGUAAAUGGACUGUGGUGGAAAUAAUUGAUGACUUGACCGUAGCAGCCGUUUUUUCUUGAGCCAUAUUGGCAAAAUCCCAGGAAGUACCUAUUAAAAGUGAGAGUAAACCCCCAGUUAAACCACGGUGACUGGUGUUAAUGGAUUUGGAGCACAUGUGCACUACAGGACAUGUAACUGUACAGUUUAAUAGGAAUCUGUAGACUCUGCUUUGAGUCCUACUGCAGCAUCAGCCUCAAUAUAAACAUGUGAACCCUGUACUUUAACUGGUUUUCAGUAUGAUGGUUAUUCACGUCACGUUUAGGUCUGAUCAAAUUAAUGACUACAUGCUCCUUGGCCGAAUCAGAUAAUGUGACGCCAGUUUGCUGGUAACGGUAAAUCACCACUACAAAACACAUAGUUUCACUCUUUGUAAUUGUGAAGUUGAUCUUAUGAAGGUUGUUUUAUAUUUGCUGAACCACUGAGUUGCAUAUUUUUAUUUUUGAGGCUAUGCAUCACUUUUAUACGUCUGCUUCAGAUGCUUUUUUUUUUUUGUAAACGUUAACCUCUAUGAUUUUAAAAUGCCAACAUGAAGUAUUUUACCUGAAAAUGGGCAGUUUUUUUCUUUCUUGUAACAUAUUAAGGGCUUUUUCUUCUUACCUGGCUUAUUGUUGGAGCUGAAACAAAUGCUGUGUAAUAUUUUGCCAACUAACUGCUGCGUUUUAGCUUUUUUUUUCUCCUUACACACAUAAUCCAAGUGCCUUUGAACAACCUGAUUCUGCAACUUUAUUUAUUUGUACCUUUGCUUUGCCUUUAGCUUUCCUCCUCUACCUCAGCCCUCUCUCUUUGCCUUGUGAAGGGAAGCAUGCAUUGUGCUUUCCUCAGCACGCAGAUAUUACUACAGCUACACUGCAGACAUUUCAGAAAAUGUCUACCAGCUGCUGCAAUCCUCAAAGCCUUUACAGUAAUCAGCAAGGCAUUCCCUGAGAGUAAGUAGGUUUUUCAGGAAAGAUGAAGCUAAGUGUGAUUGUACGUGAAGCUACCCUGUCCUUUGGUUUUUGGAGAAUGAAUGUUUAUUUCAGUGUGUUUUUUUUUUAUUAUUAUUAUUUGAAAACAUGGUAGUGUCCAUUUGUGAUGCUUCUGAGUCUGACUAUAAAAUCAUCAAUCCAACCAAGAUUUGUGCAUCCAUAGUAAUCAUGUUAUGGAGUGUCUAUAGUUGUGUUCUUACCUCUGCUCUGUCGAAAUCAUUUGUGAGUUGGUGUAAUGAAUGAGGGUUUUUUUCACAGUGUCCCACAACGACCUCCAGUUCCAGGUGGAGCAGCAAUACAGAAUACUGAGGGUGUAAAUCGAUUGGUUGCAUUAUAUUUUAAGCCUGUUAUUCUGAAUAAACAACCAAGCUGGAAUUA